UAAUAAUAUUAGUUUCAGCGACAUCCUUCCGAUUGUUUCCCUUUCGUGACGUCUACUACCCUUUUUGCUGUAAAGUUUAAAUCGAAGUUUAUGUAACUUCCUGCCGAGCCAUAGAUCGACUACCGUAUUUGUACUUUGCCAUCGGAGAAAGAGGUACGAUGAUGAUGAUUUACUUGCUAGAACUUUCUUUCUUUACUUAAAUCAGUUUUGUUUACAUAGCAACCCUAGUUCGACUCUUGAUUAUGGAAUCAUUUUUAGGUUUAUGUUGCGCAUUUACUGCACUGAUUUCGGUAAAUUAAUUUAGAUCAUGUUUGUUACUCUCUUUGUAAGAAGUCAUCACCUCCUUAAAAGAAUCUAAAAUAGGACGCCGAAUAGCCUGCGUAGCUGGCGGUAUUGUGUAGUAGUCGAGUGAGAUUUGGCGGCGGAGCCGUUGUAAUAUAGUCGAGUGACAUUUGACGGCGGAGCCGUCACGAGCGGCGAAGCCGCGAGAAAUACCAACCGCCUCUUCCCUACUCCCUUUUUUUGGAACACGGCUUCGCCGCCAAAACUUUAAUCUCGCACACACACAAUACCGUCAGCUACGCAGGCUAGACGGCCAACAGAAAAUGAUGCACAACGGUCCAAGCAAUAGGAAACUUUUUCCUUCUUUGCAUAUUUUAAAAUAAACACGGAAAGAUAGUCAGCCAUAUUCGAGACCUUGGCAGUUGUUUAACUGAAACCAGAGACGAAGUGGAGGGUUUGCAAACUUUCAAUAAUUUCACCAACUCUUCAAGCGUUUAUAUCAGGCUAAACAAGCAUAGAAAAAAGUUUUUUAUUGCUUUAAUUUAUUACAUGACUUAAAUUAAACUAAACCUGACACGGUAUUACGGCUUUUUGAUGACCUUUCCUACUGAUGACAGAGGCCUCAAGCAGAGGCCGUCUUUUGCCAGCUAUUUGACCUGCGGGAGGAAAAAAGAGAAGGUAUAUUUUCCGCCCACAUCGCCUAGGCAGAUACUUGAAGUGCGGUUUCUUUCACAAUGUGGGGCCAAAUUUUUUCUCACUGAAGACCUUCAUUUUAGUAAAACAGUAAUGGUUUUCUAAAUUCGAUGUUAGUUCUGUAUUGUGAUUCUACUGUCUUCUGUCUUUCUUUCUGCGAAAAAAGCUUGCAUAGGUUUUUUUUCACGGGCGCCGAUUAAAAGAGAAAUUCUUACUAGUAGCCAAGUGUUGCCCACAAACGCGUAAUCAGUUGGGGGCUACUGGUCAUGCAUAUAGAUGCAUUUCAAAGUUCCAUCCUUUUAUGCUUUUUAAAAAUAACAACUUUAGUGAAAUAACUUUACAUAUCAUCGUAUAUGUAAACAUUUUUUCUCAAGUUUCAAACGUAGAAGAAAUGGCCUUUUUUAGAAUUGAUUUGUCUCGAAACGCAGGCCAAACUCUUACGAUUUCGCCUUUUAACAUAAUCUGACUAUGUUUGUUGUUGUCGACAAAUUUAAUACAGGCUGAGCCCGGUCACGAUAACUAUUGUAAAAAGUACUCUCUGAUUAACGUCGAUCUUUCAAAGCAGGGGACUUAAUUCAACAUAGCCUGCGUUGCAAGCGUUUCCGUGUGGUUUCGGAGCAGAGAAAUGGGAGCUUAUAAGCAACUACGACGACCACAACGAAGACGUCAAAAAAAAAAACAACAGAUUUAAUGAUCAAAACAACAACGCUGCACGUGCAUCACCCUUUUUAGUACAUUUCUCUGACGUCCACUGCACGACUACGACGUAAAACCUCCUAAUUUGACGUUUUAUGGAGGAUGUGGACAUACGACUUCCUUCCUCUUUUUGAAACUGAAUAAAAUCCUUAAGAAUUCAACUUAAGGAAAAGUCGCCUGCCUUUGACAUAUCAUUGAGCGGGUCCAAAUAGACGCGAAGUAAGUUUGAAAGAACGCAAAUUUUUUUGCAGACGUUUUCACUGCAGUCGUCGUCGUCCAUUGCUUAAGGUCCCUAAUGACAAAAGAACGACGAGGAACGGGAUUUCCAGUUUUAACCGUGCGAAGAAAGGACCCGCUGUUUUCCUCGCUCCUUUUUUCGCGCGGUCUUUGACUCUCGUUCCUUCUUUGCUCCGAAACUGCUGGUAAACGCUUGCCAGGCAGGCUAUAUCCAACAGGGCUGCACUGCAAACUUAAACUGCAAACUCACUUGAACAAUACUGAUGGCGACAGACGUAUUUUUUGCAAAGAGUGUUAAAGUAAACAAGUUGAGACAAGAAUAAUUAGCUUGCAAAAAUUGUUAAUUGCGUUUAAUCUUUAUGUAAAAACAGGAGAGUCAUUGUUGGUGAAAAAACCCCUCAAAGAAUUCUUUGUGGUGAAGCUAUAUCAGUUAAGGGAACCAUGGCUGUGAACGAUAGAGCAAAUGAUUUCCUCCGUAAUAGAGAACAAUUAAACAUUCUAUAAUAUAAUUAAGGUCACCUAUGAGUUGUUUCUAAGGAAACUAAGCUAUGUCUACCUCAGUUUUGUGAUGUGUGGUGUUAAUAGCCUGCGAGCAAGCUCUCAAUGCAUUUGGGGGAUAUCGUGAAAAGUACACGCGCCAGCGGGGACGCAACAGCGAUGGGUGGCCAAGGAAGGGAUGAAACUCCUUUUCACCGCCUCCUGAUCACCCCCGCUCGCUCGCGCGUCCUCGCGCGGCUCGCUUCGCUUGUCCAAAUGGAGAGCUUGCUCGUAGGCUGUGGUGUUAAACCUAUGCUAAACACUGAGCUAAACUAGGAGAAACGGAUUUAACACUAAAAAAGAAAUUAAAAGUCAUCUUAAAUUUGUGUUUAAGCUUUCUUUUUGUUUCUAAAGCUCCUAUUAAAAAUGGUCUCUGUCCUCAAUCUCUAGCUGAUCUUUUGCGCCUUCACAAUCAAUGAGGAAUAUAAACACCUUUCGCUUAAACUCUCAAUACCUACAGAUGCAAACGACGUAGGGAAUAAAGUACAGUUAAAAAGGAAACAAAAACGUGCAGCUUGUUCCCAAACUGCAAAACGAAUCGCGAGUCGAAAAACAAUGUGGCACGUUUAACCGUCCACGUUCAAACUUGUUUUUCAUCAAAUCAGGUUGCUAGCAUCUCUGCUUCUAAGGCGCGCAGUUCGUUAUGGCGCUGGAUAAUGAACCCGCCGCGCUGACACGCCAUUGCGUGAUCAAUUCUAAAUUGAACACCGCAUGCGCAGAUCAUGGGCGUGUCCGUUAUUUCCUAGUCGUACCGUAACUUGAUUGCAAAUAAUAAUAAUAGUAAUAAUAAUAAUAAUAUGACUAUCAUUAUCAUAAUUUUAUUAUUAAUAUUGCUAUUAUUAUUAAAUCCUAAGGCCGCUCUCGGUUUGAAGAUCCAUUCCAAAGUUGUAAAUCAAGGAAUUUUGUAAAAUGAUUUUUUUUUUAAUUUGGUGUUGUUCACUGGUUGGUUGGUUAGUUUUGUCAUUGACGCAAGACUAUAAUAACAAGAAUGCAAAUAGUGUUGACUAACUUUUAAAAACAAAACACGUACACCAACCAAUUAGUUUUGACAGGAACAAUGCAUUUAAGAGUCCCUUGAGAGCUCUUGGGGAUGAUAUUGUUCUUGUUAAUAUGUAAAGCUUCUAAACAUGUGCUUAACUGCGAACCUUGCCUUCGAAGUGCCCUAUACACGAAUCUGUACAUCGCUGUGCAAGCUGUAGUAAUCUGAAGUGAGUUUUAAGUUGAUGUUAAGACCGGUAAAUUGGGGUAGUCAUUUUUUAUUUUUACGCAGGGGGGUGAUUACUCUCCAUAACGUAUUGAUCUGUUGUGGUACUAAACUGACUUCAUUAGAUAUAGUUAUAUUUGUACCAUUCAUAUAAAUAUAGUGUCGAGAGCAUAUGUCUAUAAAAAGUCACAUUUGAGCCAUUUAUAGAAAUAACAAUUUCAUUUGCCAAUAUUAAUCACAGAUCAUUGUUUAUGCUUAGGUCUUGACUGGAAAUUCUGAUCGAAACUCAACAGCAUUUUGAAGUUUUACGACAGCAGUGGUAAGUAUCAGUAUGCCUGCUUUUAAAAGUACAUUUCCAAAGGAAUUUUAAGAAAGGUGAGCGAAAUUCAUUACUCGGGAAUGAGAGCAAGCGGAAACUGCAAAAUAUGAAGACCGAGACACACUAGAUUCGCAGGCUAGAGACGCACUGCAGGAAGAGAAAAAAUGAGGGAGAAAUGAUGUCUGAAAUACUGACGCGUAAUUAAAGAACGAAGACGGGUUCAUUAUUAACUUCGCUACCCGACUUUGAUCGCUCUACUAUCCCGUAGAAGGAUGAGGUACCACUGACCUGUAUGGACACGACUUGUAGUUUAACCUAAGUAAACUUACCUUUGCAUUUAGCAAUCGUGUCACUUCAUAUCAGUGUCACAGUAAACAGUCAAUUGCGUGAUCAAGUUAAAUUUCCUAUUGUCCCAACUACAAUAGCCUCUCACGCAGACGUUUUUAGGGGAGCUCGUCUUUUUCAGGCUAAGGUAAAACGUUCCUGCGGUGGGGAGCGAUGAAUAGCUGUAUUCGGGGCGGGGUACAGUAGAUCUUGCUAUCAAUGAAACUCUUCUUACUGUUUUAACCUUUUUCUCCCGUCUCUCCCACACCUCCGGAACGCCUCCUUUUCCUUUUUCACUCUGACCCCGCCCCUCUGUCCUCCCCCAUAUUUAACCUACCCACUUUUUUUUUUCAGAAAUGCCAAAUCGAGCGUGGCUACUUUCCGUUCUGUUCCCCCUGAUUCUUACAGCUACAGAGAGUAAGGAUUACGAGUUUAACGUGGCAUGGUCAUACCGUAGUCCCGACUGCGUCGAACGUCCUAUUGUGACAAUAAAUGACGAUUUUCCCGGGCCCACAAUCCGCGUCAAGGUUGGGGAGGAGGUUCGCGUUAAAGUUAACAACAAUCUUCCAUCAGACGCUAUCACCAUUCACUGGCACGGUCAGGAGCAGCGCAAGAACGUGUGGCAUGAUGGGAUAGGUGAGCGCAGUAAAAGGAUUUCCUCCAAGAUUACUCGAAUCAUGAUACGUUUCUGGGAAACUGCCCACCUACCCCUCCCCUAAGCCAACAUUAACACUUACGUUUCACGAGUAACGCUAGUAAACAUUUGGUUGCUUUGCGCAAUCUUGGUGGUUCCUAUAGUGUGAGUCACGCUGACGUCACCUUGGUUCGUGAAAAAAAAAGGUUCUUUUGUUUCACUCGUUACAAAUCUGAAGAACAUGACAUAACAUUAUUUGUAUUCUAAAUAGUAAUGUCUCCUAUAUAUUUGAAGGCCUUGUCAACUCAUCAAAUCGAGAGUGAAUGUCAUCGGAAAAAAUCAACCUUCCUUUACAAAACGUGUAUUCGCACACAAGUACCCUUCGAUCUAUAGGUGACAAAGUCGAGACUUACAAAAACCAGGGAGACAAUUUACUGAAAAAGUUGUUCCUUUAAGGAAGGGGUUAGACAUAAGAGUCUCGACUGUAUCGCGCUUAAGGAGAGCAAGGGUGGUAAGAUCAGUCUUUGAGAGCACUGGCCUCCCACCAGUGUGGCCCGGAAUAAAAUCCCGGCAUCGAUGCCAUAUGGGGGUUAAUUUGUUGUCGGUUCUCGUCUUGCUCCCAAAGGUUUUUUCCCCGGGUACUCCGGUCUCUUCUGCCUAUCCUUAAACACCAACAUUUCCAAAUUCCAUAACACAACAGAUACCACAGAUGCCACGGAUGGGCAAAACUGAAGGAGAUUGAAAGGGAUUGAAAUUAGGGUUUUUGAAAACUGUCCAGCCUAACAGUUUUUCAAAGAUGAUCUCUGCUGUUUGCAACUUCAAAAUCAAUGCGCAGGAAACAUAUUCGUUUGUCUCGAAUCUCUGCUUGUGUCAUUUACAAGUAAUUUCUUUGCUUACUUUAAGUUCCAUGGCGAUUGAGGGCGAGUAAUUGGCAAAAUUAAACAAAAUGAACUGGACUGCCGUGACACAACCCCUUUAAAUCGUUGUUUACGUCAUGUAAAAAGCAACUGUAAAUCUAACAACCUCUCCUCUCCUCUAGGGAUGAUUUCAAACUGUCCUAUCCCACCCAAGACCUCCUUCACUUACAUUUUCCGCGUAAACGAUAAGCCUGGAACGUAUUUUUAUCAUGGCCACCUUGGUGGAAUACGCGCCGCUGGUCUUUAUGGGGUUCUUAUAAUUGAUCCGGCACCUGCAGUUUCUGAACAGUGGAGUUAUGAAGGGGACCACACGCUGUUGCUAAGCGACUGGUAUCAUGCAAUUCAACACGAGCUCAGUAUUGGACUCUUGGAGGAGGAGUUCCGCUGGGCAGGUAUGAGGGCUCAGUUAACUAAGUUAGUGUUACUUCUAUAUAAGUUAUAAAUAGGUACAGGGCCUCAUUGAUGACAGUGUCUUAUAAACUGAUAGGUUUUCUUGGAUCCUAAGGACCUAUAUUACGAAAAUCGUCGAAAUUCAAACAAUGGGAACUGGCACCAAACUGAGCGAAAAAUAAAAACGACAGCUUCAAACAUUAAAAGGAUGUAUAAAUAACACAAGAAACACAAAAGUUGUUACGGAUGGACAAACUUGCAGAAGAUUAAAACGGAUUGCAAUUGUGGUUUUUCAAAACUUGUUAGCUGAACAGUGUUUCAAAGUUUAUUUUUGGUUGUCGGUGAGGUUUUAAACAUGUUAAAUGAUGCUUGGGAGACAAGAAGCUGUGAUUUUGUAAUUUGCUAGUAAUUUCGUUGCUAACGUUAAGUUCCGUUGCGAAUAAGGACGUGUAAUUAGCAAUAUUAGCAAAAUGAACUAGACAGCCGUGAAACAGCCCAUUAAAAAUAUUCGUUAUCAUCAUCAUCAUUAUUAUUAUUAUUGUAAGCGAUUACGUAAUUGUAGUUUGUGUACUCUGCACCUUUUUGUUAACGCCUUGUGUUUCGUGGGUAACCAAAUUACAAUUACAAUUUUUUUUGUCGUGCUAGGUGAUCCACAGUCCAUUAUAUUGAACGGAAAAGGCUUCUUCAAUUGCUCGGACAAUGGAGUAUCGGAAGGUACACCGUUUCCUUAUUGGAAACCCGUCAGAACAGUUUAUUGCCAUCAAUCUAAGUGUCCGGGACACGAAAUACUGGAGGUAGAGAAAGGCAAAACCUACAGGCUACGUCUGAUAAAUACCGCUGAACUUUCGUUUAUGAAUUUUGCAAUCGAAAAUCACAGUUUGACCGUAGUGGAAGCGGAUGGGCUGCCUGUGCAGGGCAUGAAUGUCACAUCGCUAGAUAUCAAUUCGGGGCAGAGAUAUUCUGUUUUGUUUACUGCUGAUCAAGCUGUGGACGCUUACUGGGUCAGUGUCAUGACGCGCCACAGGAAGAACGUAGUGACUGGUCAGGCAAUAUUAAAGUACAAAGGAGCCAAUAAAGACAAACCUGACACUGACGUUGAUGUUGUCAAGGCAACACAACCCACCUGGGACAACAGCAGUGCAUCUUAUGCGCAACAGAGUCAGCUUCACGGUAAGGACUCGGCUCCUCCAAACGACAAAGUGACACGAAGGAUUGUCAUGCUUGGUACUCAAGAGCGUUAUGAUUGGUCAAGUGGAGUCCAGUACAAUAAUCCCAUGAUUCCACCGGAGGAUAAUUGUAAUAGUACAGGACGCCACCUGCGUUGGGCUGUGAAUCGAGUGAGCUACAAGUGGGAGACCACACCUGUGUUACAUAUGGUUUACUUUAACUUAGCACCGAACACUAUGACUGAAGAGAGAGGAUAUUUUAAAAUCAACAGUGGUGACGUCAUCGAUAUUGUCGUUCAGAACUACCCGGCAUGCAACAGGGUAUGACCUAAUUCAAUUUAGACUAUUCCACAAGCCGUACGAAUUAUGUUCAAAACAGUUUAAACUAUAAAGGUUCGGUGCUGUAGAAUAGACUACCGGUACCUAUUGAGCUGUGGCAGGCCCUCCCUCUUUAUGGAUGCAGUGAUCUCUUCUGAAAUACGGUCGAUCGCUUUGCACGGCAUUAUGGAAAGCAGGCACAUUUUUUCUUUCUGUUUUUAGAAAUUGUUUCUACUUUAAUCAGUUACGUUUUUUAAGUGGUUCACUUUGCCCUAAUGACUUUUAACCGUGGAUAAGUAAAGUUAUCCUAUUGUAUUGUAUUAUAGACUUAAUAAUACCCCGUUUUUGUGCUUGAAUUCACCUAAAAAGUUUGCGAAAGCUAAUGAGGUGGAGCUAAAAGGUCUGGGACAAGUCUAAAUACAGAUAUAGAAUUGGAAAAGAGGAACACAGGAUUGAGUCCGAAUAAGGACGCGUAAUACAUGUAUUAACAAAAGAACCAGGUAGCUGUAACAAACCUCCGUAAAAGGCAAGCUAACUGUUUUGACCAAUUCCCUUCUAGGUGUGUGAACAGCAUCCUUGGCAUCUUCAUGGUCACAAAUUCUGGGUGGUUGGUAUGGGACUUGGUAAUUGGAAUGGAUCUGCCGAGCAGAUCGCCUCUCUUGAGCCUGAGAACGCCGUAAAACGAGACACAGUAACUGUCCUCCCAGACGCAGAGAAACCUUUCGGAAGCCAGAAAGAACAAGGUAGGAAAAUCGGCUUUAAAGUAAGAGACUACACCGGGCGUGUCUCAGGCUUUAUGUAAAAGAUGUUAAAUUGGCUGAACACAGUUUAGGCAGUUUCUGGGUAUGUGUCAUUUGCCAAAUCAUGGCAGGGGAAAGGUUGCAGCUGACAAGUUGAAACUUGGCAAGUGAAAAUUAUACUGAUGAAAGAUUUUGACUGACAGGUAAAAUUUGACGUUUUUUUAGUUUCCAUGGUAACAUGAACGAUUGAAUGCAACCUUAACAUUUCACUUUGGCUCAGUUUACAAACUUGCGCUCAACUUACUAUAAUUAAUCAUCACCAUUUGAAACUUAUUUGACCAAAUUUUAACAGACUGGUUUUUAAAUAAUCAAUAAUAUAAUUGUACUGUAAUUAUUAAAUGUGUCAAAUUGUCUUUUCAACUUCCAUUUUAAAGUUCUCAUUAUCUAAAAUACGAUAUAAGUAAAAAUUCUGCCAAAUAUCACAAAAUUGUAAUGAGUAGAUUAUAUUAUCCGUCUGAGACGGAUAAUCCAUCUUCAAAAUUCGUCAAAACUAACGAAAAACAGAAGGAUAAAGUCAGGCGGAUUGUCAAUCGAAAAUUAAGACCGUCCCAUUUUCAAAUUAAGACGUAUUAUCUGUCAGACGCGCAUUAUCCAAUGGAUAACCGUCUCAGACGAAUAAUUUUUCUCUCGCGUGAAUACGGCCGAUUUUGGACGAAUAAUCCCGAUUUUGGACGAAGAAAACGCGUCUCGCGACUUUCCCAAAAUUUCAAACGCCGACGCGGAAUUUUGAAGACGGAUCAUCCGUCUCAAGUGUGAAAACGGCCAAUCUAGUCAACAAGUAUAUUUUUUCCCCUCAGGUGGUUGCGGUUGGGUAGUGGUCCGCUUUGUGGCUGAAAAUCCUGGUGUUUGGCCGUUUCAUUGCCAUAUCACCUGGCACUUCGUCAUGGGUAUGCAGGUGAUUUUCAUUGAAUCUGCAGAUAAACUACCAAAACCUUCCUCCAACAUUCCAGCUUGCGGUGAUGUGACUCCCCAGAUGUUUGUUGAUAAAAUGAAGUCCGACGAGACCCCGAAAGCUGGUGGGGAGAAAGAUUGCAAAGAUGAUACAACCUUACUCGUAAUCCUUGUCAUUGGUUGGAGUUUGUUUGUCGUUAGUUUUGUCUUGCUUAUUGUUUUGAUUUGUAGAUUGAGACAAAGGGUAGAAUUCGGUUUGGUCAAGUCAAACAAUGUUGCCAUGACAUAAGUUUCCUUCCCACUACACUUGAAAUCACGUUUGACUUAAGUUUGUAAAAUUAUAAGGCCCUGCAUUUGUAUAGAGGGGAGAAGUAUGACGUCACGUUACCAUGGUAGAAAAAUCUUUUGAUCACAACAAUAGGGAGCUUGAGCAACGACGACGGCGAGGGCAACGAGAACGGCAAAAAAGCAAUAAGUUUAUUUUUGGCAAAACGACAACUUUGCACGUGCAUCACGCUUUUUUGUGUAUUUCUUAGCCGUCGUUGCGCGAUUGCGACAUGAAACUGUUUCAGUGAGUGAAAGUGCGUGAAGAGUGCAGUACGUGAACGCAACCCCCAAUUUUUUUUAGAAAUGGUCCUUUCAGAUUCCAACCCAGAAAAUUAUUCGCCAACAUUUGACGAAUUAAAUGAAACUUAUUAAGAUCGGUGACGUUUGAAACAGUACGAAUUCACUUUUUAACCGACGUUUUCGGUUUGUUGUCAUACAGAAAUUUUGCUACCAUGACAACAUGACAUAACGACUUCUCUUCUCUGUUGAGAAAAGAUGUUCCGGCUAGAAGGCUAGGCGAGCCUUGCCUAACCCUUCCGGUCACGCGGUCCGAGCGAGUUUUCGUCUCGGAUACGUCACCGAAAUGCAUUAACCAAGAAGGGCUGGGAAGACGCCCUACAGAGACUAGGCAAAGCCGAGCUAACUUUUCAUUCAUUUCCUUAUAAAACGGGGCGAAUCGUUUACAUGAGAAACCAACAGUUGACUCGACUAGAAGGUCACCCUUUUUUGAUGGUGUGGUUACCUUUCGACAAUUAUAAACAAUUUGCAUUGCUCCCCCAGCGGGGUCAACUCGGUCAAAGGGAGGCAAUCAGAGCAUGUGCGAGCACUGUUGGCUCGAUCAAAUGGGUCAAUUUUUUUCUCAUAUAAACGCUCGCUAAAGUUGACUCGACUGAGAAGGUGAUCCUUCUACCCAGGACAGGAGGAUC